GCUCUGCUAACAUUCACCGGUGCAAAUCGUCGUUUCCUACCACCUGACAAUCAUUUGAACCGCAGUUGUCCUGCAGGUAACCGUGUAAAACAAACAGGAAAAGGCGCGUUUUGACACACCGGCUUUUACGCGCAGAGCUAAAAAAAAGUGGCCGAUUUGAAACCCGCUUCUGCGUGAACCAAGAAGUGAAGAGUUGAGACAGUUUCAAAGUCGAUCAGAAAUCACAUUUUGUGGUCAAUAUUUACAAAAGCGGGUUAGUGAUUAACUGUCCGCGCGUGCAGCAGCUGCACGGACUCCCAGCACGCAGACAGCGAGCAGCUCCGUCACUUUUGUCCGCGUCACAAUGCUGCUCGCCCGGGUAUGGAGAGGUCUGAGCCCCCUCUGCAGAGGAGGUCAGCUGGCGGUGUGGAGACGACCCCAGAGCCACGCUGCAGCUGCCAGGCUGGACCUCAGCGGGAUUUACCCACCCAUAGCCACCCCGUUUACCGCCAAGGAGGAUGUGGACUACCAGAAACUGGAGGAAAACCUGCAGAAAUACAACAAGAUACCAUUCAGAGGUUUGGUGGUUCAGGGCUCCAACGGCGAGUAUCCGUACCUGAGCGAGGAGGAGCGGGUGGAGGUGGUGCGGGCGGUCAGAGGAUCACUGCCGAAAGACAAACUGCUGAUGGCCGGAUCAGGCUGUGAAU